GUGGUUGCUUUAACUGACAACAGUGACAAGCCACUGAACUAGAAUGCCGGCGCCAUCAGAAACGUCGACGCGCUCACGUUUGUCAUUGUCGCGCACGACAUCAAACUCCACUACGACACGCGCUUCUCUCAAAACGCGUGCGCUGUCUAUUACAAGUGAUGCGAGCGGUUGCACGACUGUCAAGCCCGCCAAACCAAUCUCGAAUUCAAAUUCUACUUCGAAUAUGCUCUCCACCACGCCGACACCCCUGAAGCGUCCCGGUGCAGGUCCGCCCAGUGCUUUUCCGCGCUCCUUAUCUGCUUCCACAACUAGUACCAGCGCUGGUGGAAAUCGACACGCGGUGCCAUCAACCCCAUCUCGUGCACGCGUCGUAUCUGAAACAUCUGUUCCAACUCCAUCGCAUCAGCACCGUGCUUCCAUUACCCUCGCCUCUCCCAAACCUGCCAUAAACUUUACAUCUCCAAGUCCCUCAAAACACAAGAACAAUCCUUCAUCCGUGUCAGUCCGCGUGCGCACCACAAGCUCUGCUACUUCCAAUUCAGCAUCAGUAUUUGGGAGCGGCGAAACUACUUCUCUGUCUAAGCGCGUAUCCAUGGGGAGUAAUCCGACCACUGUACCCCCGUCUCCCGCGCCCAAGCCCCACUCAAAUAACACGCCGUCAAAAUCUUCCACAAACAUGCCUUCAACCAUUACACCCUCUAAGUCGUCCCCUCUCGCCCGUACCCAGCUACAGCGUACACCAUCUGGGACAUCCAAUAUCACCCGGUCCCCUGGAACAAACAACAUGCACUCUCCAAGUCCAAAAGUCCGUUCUCCUGGCACAAACCACAUGGGUAAAGAAUCCGUCGCCUUGCUUUCUGAAUCACUCGCUUCAAAAAGAGGGAUGGCUGCAAGUGCCAUGGGCGGGACAAGAAUGGGGAGCGUCUUUAGCGACGGCACCGCGAGUAUCAUUGGAGGUCCAAGACGUGUAAACGGACGCGUCAUGAACGGUGCAGUGAUCAAUUUGAACGACGAUGCGGGUCUGGAAGAUAUAUGGGAUGAUGAGGAUGAUGGGAUGACGUUUGAUAUGGUUACGGAUGUGGAUGGGGAGGGUGAUGAAGAGUCCACAGCUCGACCAAGCCCUCACUCAAAUCCGCACACUCCACACCUCCAAACUCCUCGCCUACAAACGUCUCCUCGAACGCGCCCACGCAAGUAGCGCAGCUCAGGUUUAUCAUCUCCAAGCUCAACUCGCAGAACUGCGUGCUCAGUACCAGGCUCAGGGGUCUUUGCAAUUGGAAGGAGGUGAGUAUUGUGUUUGUGGUGGGAGGAAGAGGGGGUAUUGGGAUGGCGUGAGUUGGGCGGAUCCGGAGG